AACAAAGAAAAGAGCUAAAGGGUUAAAUUUUAAAAAGAAUGGUACUUGGAAACUCCUCUAACCACAAAUCUCAUCAUCAUCACCAUCAGCAUCAUCACCGGGACUCGGUGAAGGAGUACCGAGUUUCCUAUGCAGCUGAAGAACCUGUUAAGGUCUUCGAGUAUGUGGAUAUGAGGAGAGCGAUGAGCGAGAAGAUGGGUACGAGAGAGGCUGCGAAAGAAGAGGAUGUUGAUAAGGAAGCAGAGGAAUUCAUCAAGUUUGAGCAUAGACAGUUCUGUAAGUGGAUGACUAAAAGCGUCUAGUCCAUCGACGAAGAAAAAGAAACAAUAAGGACAUUAACCAUAUUCUAUAUAGAUCGUAUUAAUUGAUGUUGUGUUCGUCUUCUGGUUUUUAUUUUGGUUUUUGUAACAAAAUGGGUGUAAUAAAGGUGCAUGAAUAAUAAUUGGUAAUUUCCUAGACU